AUGCCCAGCCCUCCUUCACCCCUAUCCCCAGUUUCCUCAGGAAAGAAAAGACCGCACCCCUCCGAGACCUUGGCGCAAGGUGACGGGACCAAUCCCGCACUUAACACCCCCGCCCCAGCAGCUGCAUCCGCCUCAACCGCCUCAUCCGCCCAUCCCACCGCCACCUCCGCGUCCGCAUCCUCGUCAUCGUUCCGCAAUGUCUCAGCAUGUAAUCGCUGCCGAUUGCGCAAGAACCGCUGCGAUCAGCGUCUUCCGCGCUGCCAGUCCUGCGAGAAGGCUGGCGUGCGCUGCGUCGGAUACGACCCUAUCACCAAGCGGGAGAUCCCGCGCAGUUACGUCCAUUUCCUCGAGACGCGCGUGGCACAUCUUGAGAAACAGUUGACGGAUAAUAAUAUUGAUUUUAAGAAAGCCGUUGCUUUUGACGAGGAGGAGGCUAUCAAGGUCGAGUCGGAAGGCGACACCGCGCAAGCGCUUGGUCAUGAUGGUCAAGCGGGUGAGGGUUCUGCGGAGGAAAAGACACGGCGGAAGAACCUCUCAAAAGGAGAUGCCACUCGGUCGGGGCAGAAAGGAGAUGGGAAGUCAAAUCUAGAUGCGGCCGGUGACCCCGCCAACGAGGAGAAUUGGCGUCUGCAUAAUUUGGUUUCAAACAUCGGCAUGGUCUCUGUACAAGGUACUUCUGACCCGCGGUAUCUGGGGUCGACAUCGGGGAUUUCGUUUGCCCGCAUUGUCUUCGCCGCCGUGAGGAGCUCACUCCCCGGCAAUGCGGAGCGUGCACAGGUUCGCACCAGCGAUAAAUUGCCCCAGAGUGCUGCUGGAACUGCUGGCGGUGGAGGCAGUAUGCGUGAUUCCUUCUUCGGACUGCAGACGAGGCCGAUGAUGAAGUGCGCUGCGUUCCCUGAGCGGGAGCUUGCUGAGCGGCUGGUUGAUCUUUACUUUGAGCAUGCGAAUCCUCAGAUGCCCAUUCUCCACCGAGGAGACUUUAUGGAGCUGCUUGACAGUACUUAUCUGCAAGAGGAGAAGAAACGUUCGCCGCGCGCGCUUUAUGUGCUUAAUAUCGUGUUUGCUAUUGGUGCCGGGAUCAUCUUUGAGGAUAAGCCUCCAAGUUCGGAUGAUGAGGAUCGCAAUGGUCGUGACAGGUCUGCGUCUGGGACGAAGCGACGAAAGCUUUCGAGCCAUCAGUACCAGCCCGAGGAAUACCACGCUUCGGCGAUUCUCCAUCUGGAUUCGUUCCUUGGCUCGUCUUCUAGCGAGGGCUUCGGAGGGUUGGAGGAACUGCAGGCAGUGCUCCUCCUAGCCAGCUUUGCCCUGUUGCGACCCGUUGCACCUGGUCUUUGGUAUAUCGUCGGCGUGGCCAUGCGCUUAGCUGUCGAUCUUGGGCUCCACUACGAAGACGGGACAGGCAUUGACUCUGCAACGAAAGACGGCAACCAAGUACAGUCACGGAUCGAUCCCCGUGAACGAGGACGACGGGAAUGGGUGCGUGAUGUCCGUCGCCGUUUGUGGUGGUGCGUCUACAGCUUCGACCGUCUGGUCGCCACGUGUGUGGGACGGCCAUUUGGGAUCAGCGACCAGGCCAUCAGCACCGAUCUUCCGUCCAUGAUGGACGACAAAUAUAUUACCAAGUCCGGCCUUUUGACACCACCGGAGGGUGCCCCUACAUAUAAGCAUGUUGCAUUCCACUACUUCAAAUUACGGCUUCUUCAAUCUGAAAUCCACGAUGUUCUACAAUACCAGCAGGCACGCGCUGUGCGGAGGAGAGCGUCCGGCGCAGCAAUCCUCCCCCACGCCGAGCUUUCCUCCCCUUUCCUCCAGGGCUUUGCCUCUUUCCGUUCCUGGCGUCAUGAUGUGCAUCGUCGGUUGGUCGAGUGGCUAGAGAGCGCACCCACACGCCUAGAAACAGGCGUGAGAUUCUCUAUCGAGCUGCUCGAGCUGAAUUAUUGGCAGGCUAUCAUUUUGUUGUACCAGCAGAGCUUGACUGUUCCUGCUGAGUUGGCGGGAGAGCUUACUCCCGUAGAUGAAGUCUCCAGUCCGUCAUUUUCAAAUCCGGAUGCGGGUGACGAUGAGGAUCAAGUCUAUCUGAAUGUGGCUGAGGCUGGCCAGAAGGUCAUUCGAAUCUAUCGUCAAUUGCAUAGAGUUCGCUUGGUGAAUUAUACCUACCUUGCAACACAUCACAUUUUCAUGGCUGGGAUCUCGUUCCUAUAUGCCAUUUGGCAUUCACCUUUGGUCCGAAGCCACCUGACCCUCGAUGAAGUCGACUUCACCGUCCUUGCCGCAACUUCUGUGCUCGGCGACUUGAUGCAGAAAUGCCCACCGGCUGAGGCAUGUCGGGAUGCAUUCGAGCGCAUGAGCAAAGCCACCGUUCAGAUGUGUCUAUCCACAACCGGAUUCGGUGCCCAAGUAGAUAUGAGCCGAGUUCACGCUGCAUCAAACGCCGGCAACCCACUGUACAACCAGGGGCGACAGCCUAUGGACCAACAGCGCACAGGUCAAGAUCAGGGCAGGCGGGCGACACAAACACGUCCAUCGCGUCCCAUUCCCAAGUUCGACAUGAACUUGGCUGAUCUAUUCUCUGAUAGCAAUCCCUUGACCGACCAGUCUAGACCAGUUGUCCGAUCCGGACUGCCAUCAUAUCAACCAGAAUCCCUGGGACCCAACCGCCCAGCAGACCAAUCUGGCCAGUCAUAUCGCAACUCAAUGGAUUACUAUCUCAAGUACGAGAAUUCGAACUCCCCCCAACCUCCGCAGUUCUACUAUUCGAACUCGCCGCAACGAUCCGGCUCUCCGAGCGGUAACACCCAUGACAUGCCGUCUGUCGGUUCUGAAGCUCCUCAGGGGAUGAGUCUCGAUUUCUUGGAUUUCGGAACUGGCGAAGUUCAAGGCCAGGGUAAUCUGGAGGGCGACGGUAAUGCUGAUUACGACAUAAUGUCUGUGCCACCUUAUGGUCAGAACUUGGGCCAGAAUGUUGGGAUUGACCUUGGCUUUGGCAUGGCUAUGGACUUCCAGCAUGACUGGAGUGAGAAUCCCAACUAUGAUCUUUUGGAAGGGUAUUUCUUUGGUGGUUCUGGUGCUGGCCCCUCAGGAGGGGAUGCUCAGUAA